AUGCCAAAACCAACAGGUCCAGACCAAGAAUUGGGCGCUAAAUUCGGUAGACCCGAUUUAGAACGUGUUGGACUGUUUUCGGAAAUGUCGUAUUUGCAUGGAGCGAAAUAUGCAUGGCAAAAACCCAUUUAUUUAAAAGGGGCCAAUAUGAUAGGGGAAUGUUCUAAAAUUAAAGCUGGAAAAGCAGAUUGCUAUUUUGAGAAAGAAUUCAAAAGGAUAUUCACAGGGGAGUCAAUAAAAGGGAGAGGAAGGAAACCACCACCGAUGAAAUUUAAAAAUAUUUCAGAAAGUCCUUUCAUGCCUACAGGGGAAACUAAAAAACAUUCCACACCCGGAGAUUAUUAUGGAACUUUCAAUACUUUUGAACAUUUCAGUCCGGUAACUAGAAAAACAGGACCGUAUAAACAUCAAUCAAGAAAUUUCGUAACAAGUCCUGGUAAAAAAGGAGGCUUCGGUUACAAUAAUAUCUGUAUUAAUCCUUAUCCCGCACAUUCGGCAGAUAAGUACGCGGCGAAACCAAAAUAUAAAGAAUUCGGAAAGAUAUUAAACGGACCAAUGGUUUCAUCCCAUUAUCCAUCUGCCUAUUUCGAUAAAAAUCCUUAUCCUGAUCCCCCAAACAUUAAACCCGGUAAAGUGUAUGUCAAACCUAAAGAAAAAGCGUUUCCAGUUAUACCACCUGGUAAUAUAAUUCCUACUGGACCUGGAAAACUCCUCGGCGGUUGCAAAUGCGGUGGAUUCGAUAAAUUCCCGGAAUACAAAUCGAACAAAUACUUCACCAUUUGGGAUUUGGAUAAGCCUAAGAAACAUGUAGGAGGUGUUUGGCUUCCUCAGCCCACUGUUCAGAGAAGUCUAUACACAUGUUCGGUCUCUUUUGACUGA